AUGAAGUUCUUCGUAGUAUUCGCUCUCCUCUUGGCUUCGGCCUACGCUUCGCCAACUAUUUUCCAAAGGGAACUAGUUGUUCCCGUUUUGGAUGACAACGUCGAGGGACGUAUUACUAAUGGCCAAACCGCUUCAACUGGACAAUUCCCAUAUCAAGUUGGUCUCUCAUUGAAAGUGAGCUCUACUUCGUCAGCCUGGUGCGGUGGUUCUUUGAUUGGUAACAAAUGGGUCCUUACCGCUGCUCAUUGUACCGACGGUAUUUCAUAUGUGACCGUCUACUUGGGUGCAACUUAUCGUACAGCGGCUGAAGCUACAUACACCGUAUCGAGCAGUGAUAUAAUCAUCCACUCUGGCUGGAACUCCAAUACGUUGAGGAACGAUAUUUCUCUCAUUAAAAUCCCAUCAGUGUCCUACACUAGCAGAAUCCAAGCUGUCCCAUUGCCUGCCGUUGCUAGUUCCUACUCCACAUAUGCCGGUGAUUCUGCCAUCGCUUCCGGUUGGGGACGUAUCAGUGAUUCUGCUACCAGUGUGACCAACUACUUGCAAUAUGCCAUCGUGCAAGUGAUUACCAAUGCUGCUUGCGCUGCAACAUAUGGCACAACGUAUGCAACCAGCGGCAACAUUUGCAUCGCCACGACUGGCGGAGUAUCCACUUGCAACGGUGAUUCGGGUGGGCCGUUGGUGUUGCAGUCCUCCGGUCUAUUGAUUGGUGUUACUUCGUACGGUUCUUCAGCGGGAUGCGCUAAAGGUUACCCAGUUGCCUUUACUCGUGUGACCGCUUUCAGGGACUGGAUCAAAACUAAUUCNGCUUCAGCGGGAUGCGCUAAAGGUUACCCUUUCCACACCAUGAAUAUGAAACUACUAACUGUUCUCGCCGUAUGCCUCUUGGGCUGCGCAAUCGCGUCCGCUAGCGAAGUUGAUUGGUCUAAAGUACGUUCGUUAGAUGUCCACCCAGCAAUUCCAGUUAAUCCACGGUUGCCUUAUGACCGUAUUGAAGGACGUAUAACCAAUGGUAUUGUGGCCGAAGAGAAACAAUUCCCUCAUCAAGCCGGUUUAUUGCUGUACCUUUCUAUUGGAGCUGCGUGGUGUGGUGGUAGUUUGAUCUCAGAUCGUUGGAUUUUAACAGCGGCCCAUUGCGCAGAAGGCGCAAUUGGUGUCGACGUGUAUCUGGGCGCCUGGAAUCGUACCGAUAAAACUGAAAAGAACCAGCAGAUCAUCUACUCAUCUGCCAGGAAUAUAAUUGUUCAUGAAGAAUGGGAUGCCUCCUUGUUGCUCAAUGACAUUGCACUUAUUAAGCUGCCAGUUCAAAUUGCAUUCAACGACUACAUUCAACCAAUUGCUCUUCCCAAAAUCUCGUCUACAUACGACACCUAUGCGGGUAAACAAGCGAUCGCUUCUGGUUGGGGAAAGAUUAGCGACAGUGCUAGAAGUGCCACCGAUGUGCUGCGCUGGAUUGAAGUGCCUAUUUUGGAGAAUAGGGUAUGCAACAGAUGGUUCCUUGGCUCGAUAAAGUCAUCAAAUAUCUGCAUCAGAACUACUGGUGGUACUUCUACUUGCAAUGGUGACUCCGGUGGCCCAUUGAUAUACAAUGAUGGUGAGGAAAGCGUCCUGAUCGGUGCCACUUCAUUCGGCAUUUCUUUGGGCUGUGAAGUUGGCUGGCCAGGUGCGUUUACUCGUAUUACAUCAUACGUGGAUUGGAUUAAAGAAAAAUCCGGCGUUGCCAAUGAAUAAAAUGCAGUACUACAAAAAUCUAAAAAAAAAA